AAUUCAACAAAACAAAUAAUGUAGACUUAUAUCCCGAGACUCAAGUGUCCUUUGAACAUUGUGUAUACAUUUUUACACUGUAUACAUUUUAUCCUUGGCAACGUUUGUUAAGCAUUGUAGGUUUUAUUUUUUUCACCCCCCCGUUGGGCAGUUUAUCGUUCAGCAAGGCCUCCCAUGUUGAGGCUGUCACUUUGUGUCUCUACCGCAGCUCACCGGUACAGCGAAGGAAUAGCACGGUAGAGAUUAUUCUGUUUCUUUUUGUUGUACGAAUUACUGUAUAUUUAUGUAAUCAACGGACGUGUAAAAGCGGAUUAUUUUCCAAGCAACGUUUUCGUACAAUACACGUGCGGCUCAGUUAUAUAUUUUUAAGCACGCUGUUAGAGGGGUAUUUAAAUCAUUCGCGUUACAACAGCGUUUAACCAAAGGUACCGAAGAUCGGCUUCUACACAAAAAAGAAAGGAGGCGUCUCUUAGGAGGGAAGGAGCCGUUAGAAUUAUUGUUUUCAUUGAAGCAGUGUCGGGCUAAGCUGGACCGUUUCAACUGCAAAGGAGAGGGAGACAAUAAAGGCUGUUAUAUUGCGGUGCGUGUUCGUGCUGAGAGCGGUACAGUACAGUGGAGCUGCAUUCGCUGCGCUGAAUAACCCUCCUCACCGCAUCCCGAAAAGCAAUGGAUCAGGGGAGAGGAGCACAGAGUCCGGACAGCCUCGACUUCACAGUGGAGAACGUGGAAAAGGCCUUGCACCAGCUGUACUACGACCCCAACAUAGAAAACAAGAACCUGGCUCAGAAGUGGCUGAUGCAGGCCCAGGUGUCCCCUCAGGCCUGGCAGUUCAGCUGGGUCCUGCUCUGCCCGGAUAAGGUGCCGGAGAUCCAGUACUUCGGCGCCAGCGCUCUGCAUACCAAGAUCUCCCGCUACUGGAACGACAUCCCUGCAGAGCAGUACGAGAGCCUCAAGAGCCAGCUCUUCAGCCAGAUUGCGCACUUCGCUUCCGGCUCCAAGAUUGUGCUGACCCGGCUGUGUGUGGCCCUGGCAUCGCUGGCGCUCAACAUGAUGCCUGAAGCCUGGCCAGCGGCUGUCAGUGACAUGGUCAAGAUGUUCCAGACGGAGAGCUCCGAUGUGGACGGGCGGGUCCGCUGCCUAGCUCUGCUGGAGCUGCUGACCGUGCUGCCUGAGGAGUUCCAGACCAGCCGGCUGCCGCAGUACCGCAAGGGGCAGGUCCGCAACACCCUGGGGCAGGAGUCCGGGGCCGUAUUCCCCCUCCUGCAGCAGCUCCUCCAGCAGCAGGACUCGCCCAGCUUCAUCAAGCAGAAGGUGCUCAAGUGCUUCUCCAGCUGGGUGCAGCUGGACGUGCCACUGUCAGACUGCGAGAGCCUGAUGCAUGCGGCAUUCUCCUCUCUGCAGGACCCCGAGCUCUUCGACACAGCUGUGGAAGCCAUCGUCAACGCCAUCUCCCAGCCUGACUCGCAGAGGUAUGUGAACACUCUUCUGAAGCUGAUCCCGCAGGUCCUGCAGCUCCAGGAGCAGCUCCGGCAGGCAGUACAGAGCGGAGACAUGGAGACCUCGCACGGGAUCUGCCGCAUCGCUGUGGCGCUCGGGGAGAACCACUCCAGAGCGCUGCUGGAGCAGGUGGACCACUGGCAGAGCUUCCUGGCGCUCGUCAACAUGAUCAUGUUCUGCACAGGCAUCCCGGGACACUAUCCUGUCAACGAGACCACCAGCUCCCUCACACUCACCUUCUGGUACUCUCUGCAGGAUGACAUCAUGUCUUUCGAGGCCAACAAGCAAGUGGUUUACAUGCAGGUGUACCGGCCCGUCUACUUCCAGCUGGUGGAUGUGCUGCUGCACAAGGCGCAGUUCCCUUCUGAUGAGGAGUACAGCUCCUGGUCCUCUGACGAGAAGGAGCAGUUCAGGAUUUACAGGGUUGAUAUCUCCGACACACUCAUGUAUGUGUACGAGAUGCUGGGAGCAGAGCUGCUGAGUAACCUGUAUGACAAACUGGGACGCGUCCUGACCAGCACGGAGCAGCCCGCAUCCUGGCAGCACACAGAGGCCCUCCUGUACGGCUUCCAGUCCAUCGCAGAGACCAUCGAUGUGAACUACUCUGAUGUCAUCCCCGGCCUCAUCGGGCUCAUCCCCAGGAUCAACAUCAACAACGUGCAGCUGGCAGACACAGUCAUGUUCACCAUCGGGGCCCUGGCAGAGUGGCUGGCAGACCACCCAGUCAUGAUCAGCAACGUCCUGCCGCUGGUGCUGCACGCGCUGGGUAACCCGGAGCUCUCCAUCUCCAGUGUGUCCACACUCAAGAAGAUCUGCCGGGAGUGCAAGUACGACCUGCCGCCCUACGCAGCAAACAUCGUCGCAGUGUCCCAGGAUGUGCUGAUUAAACAGAUUCACAAGACCAGUCAGUGUAUGUGGCUGAUGCAGGCGCUGGGGUUCCUGCUGUCUGCACUGCCAGUGGAGGAGAUCCUGAGGAACCUGCAAUCCCUCAUCUCCCCCUACAUCCAGCAGCUGGAGAAGCUAGCCAGUGAGACGCCCAACCCUUCCAAUAAGCUGGCAAUCAUUCACAUCCUGGGUCUGCUGUCCAACCUGUUCACCACGCUGGACAUCACGCGCCACGACGACGACUCUGGGGAGGGCAGCGAGGUCAAGAAGCAGCUGGUCGAGCCUGGACCCAACCCGGUGGUGGUCGUGCUUCAGCAGGUCUUCGCUCUCAUACAGACAGUGCUCAGCAAGUGGCUCAAUGACUCCCAGGUGGUUGAGGCGGUGUGUGCGAUCUUUGAGAAGUCUGUGAAGACGCUUCUCCAUGAUUUCACCCCCAUGGUCUCUCAGCUGUCGCAGAUGCUCGGGCAGAUGUACAGCACCAUCCCUCAGGCCUCCGCACUGGACCUCACUCGCCAGAUGGUCCAUAUCUUUGCCAGUGAGACUGAACACUUCCCACCAAUCAAAGCGCUCUUCCAGCUGGUUACUACGGUAACGCUCUCCAUUUUCCAACAAGGGCCCAGGGAUCAUCCUGAUAUUGUUGAUUCAUUUAUGCAACUCCAGGCGCAGGCUCUCAAAAGGAAACCUGAGUUGUUUUUGUCUGAGAAUCUUGAUGUGAAGGCUGUGUUUCACUGUGGAGUCCUGUCCCUCAAGUUCCCAGAGGCACCCACAGUGAAGGCCACCUGCCUCUUCUUUACGGAGCUGCUGUCUCGCUGUGGAGACGUCCCUCCCAUCGGGCAGGUGGUGUAUGAAGAUGGCAAGCUGCUGCUGCAGGCUGUGCUGGAGGGGAUCGGAGGCCAGUCUUCCCGGACCCUGGUGGACCAGUUUGCAGAGAUUCUGUUUUCUCUGAACAAACACUGCUUCAGCUACCUGUCACUGUGGCUCAAGGAGGUGCUGCAGCAGCCUGGCUUCCCCUCCUCACGCGUCACCCAGGAGCAGAAAAACACCUUUACCCAGCAAAUCCUCAGGGAGCGUGUGAACAAGCGGCGAGUCAAGGAGAUGGUGAAGGAGUUCACGCUGCUGUGCCGUGGUCUGCAUGGGACAGAGUAUGUGGCUGACUACUGACCAGGCUGUGAACCGCACUGCCCAGCGCAUAACGGACCUGCGUGGGUCAGUUAAACUUCUCCGUAAGAGACAUAUGUACUCAACAUGUACAAGAAUUCAGACAGAUUCAGUCGUCUUCUUGCUUGCUCCCCUGGUAUCCCAGCACAGUGCUGCUGUGAUGUAAACUGAAGACACUUCUUCUGAAGAACAAGAAUGC